AUGCCGCGUACAUCUGCAGCGAAGAAGCGAGCGCGCAAGGCGAAGAGUGCCAAGAAGGGUGAUGUCGCAGCCUCUGUGAAAGGUGGCCCAGUCUCAGACUUCACGGAUAGCAAUCAGGCCGGCGGUACUGGAGCCGGUGCAGCACCGGAGGACGAGGACUCUAGCCUUGUCCCAUUGGUGUCGAGCCCCAUUACCCGCGGCAAGAAAGGAGUCGCAAGCAAAGCCGUCAAGCGCAAGCGCUCCGCGUCUUCGUCUCCAGUCCCAGACUUUUUUCAAGCACCGAUGUCUCCUGAUUUCCCAGCCAAGCAAACUGAAGCCGGGAAGAGGCGCAAGAAGCAGACGACGCCGAAGAACGGAACCCACGAUGCAGACUCCGGUGCGGAGACGGAGAAGAAGGAUUUCGGGGACGAGACUGACGCGAAUGACGGGAAGGAGAGGGCCACCGUCACGAAGGCCGCCAAAGCCCCUAAGGCGGGUCCGCGCAAGUGGAGGAAGGACUGGAAAGAAUGGAUCAGCGCCCCAGAGAACCAGUCAACCGACCAGUUCGAUCGUAACUACGACGAAGACUUGAUCAACGUCAAGGAAAGCGCCAAGGUGUACGGUAUCAAGAGUGAGGACCUUGCUUGUUUGCCGCAUUGUCCCGUCCAGAAUCCGCAUGGAAAGGGCUUCACUCCGAUGAAGUUCUUUCUGAAGACUGAUGUGAUCCAACUCGCGUUUCGCAAGGAGGCGGUUCUCGCAGGGGUGUCGCAGGACGAUGAAGAAGAACUACUUGUGCAUGGUGAAGAGUUGUACGAAGAGAAGAACGGCCCUGUCGACGAGCUAUACGAUCUGAAGAUGGAAGGCUUGGAGCCUGCAAUGAACCGCUACUAG